AUGCUCGUUAGUUUUUCUCAUAGAAAACAAUCACCUGGUUCUGAUUCAAAUCAAAGAAAUAGUGGGUUGCCACGUAUCACCGAGAAAUUGCAAGGAAGUGAAAACCGAGAGAUAGCAAUGGCUCCACGGGUUUCUCCAAAACCAUCAUCCAGGAAAGAUUUCCGAUCCAUUACUUUGCCAUGCAGAUUACAUCCAUGCACCUACAGAAUCGACAAAGUGCUGAAUAAAGUUAAAACAUGGGAGUCCACAUCAUCGUUAUCGAAUCCAUCUGCCGAAAUCAUUUGCAACGGUGUGUUUCAACUAAUCGAGUUGUAUGAAUGUUUGGAUGACCUUGUCCAAACAUGUCCUUCAAAAACUUCGUUAGAUUCCAGCAAUCAGAACAUGAGAUGGACGGAUGAGUUACUUGAUGUAUCUGUUAUUUUCUUGGAUAUUUUCGGCAAUAUAUCUGAUCUCAUGUUGCAGACAAAAGAACAUGUGAGGGAUCUUGGGUGUGAUCUUAGGAGAAAUAGUGGUCCCAGCAUUGACAGCAUCAUUGACAAUAAGACUUCAUUCAGAAAGAAACUGAGAAAAGAUAUUAAAACGUCCGUGGCUAGUCUGAAUCAGUUGGAUGACAUGAUUGGCCACUCUCCCUUGGUAGAUUUUGAAAACAACCAUUUGAUAUCGGUGAUCCGAGCGUUCAAAGAAGUUAAAGCAUUCACCGCUGUUAUUGUGCGAUUGUUGUUCAAAUUCUUGGCUAUUCCACUUUCGAAGACAAGAUCGAGAAGCAGAUGGACAACAGUCUCAAGAUAUAUAUCCAAAGGUAAAGUGGUACCAGAAGAAAAAGGUGACGCUAAUAUAAAUGAGUUUCAACACCUUGAUGCUGCACUAUUCAGAUACAGGACAAGUAACAAACUGGAAUUCAUCUAA